AUGGCCACUGAUGAUCAAUAUACGUACGAGCCUCAGUUCGUGGAGGAUGCUGGUAAUGUAGAUGAAGAUUAUGUUCCAUCGUCUGAAGCCGAGACUGAUACAAGCGCCUCUGAAGACUUGUCGGAGCCAGAGAACGUGAGAAGGGCGGGGAUUGAAUAUGCAGGUUGGCAGAAUUUGCAGAUCGACGAGGAUGAUGACGAACAGGGCAAGGAAUUUUCUGUCAGCAAAUCAGACAGCAGACGAGUCUACGUCAAAUGCAAGCAUUCAGAUACGUGCCCCUUCAAGCUCCAUGCAUCGUCACAAGAUGGAGUCAUUUGGGGAGUGUAUAAGUUCACCAAUGAGCACUCAUGCGACAGUGAGCUAGGGCGCGUAGCGCGAAUAAAGGCCCCCGCAAAAGUCGUCGCAGCAUAUUUAGCACAGAAGAUACAGGACGAUUGCGAGAUCUUGAAGCCGAAGGCCAUCCAGCUGGAGCUGCGACGUGAGUUUGGCGUACAGAUCAAGUACGAUGUUGCAUUGCGAGCCCGUAAUCGAGCCACUGAGAUGGUUUAUGGUCGACAUGAUCAGUCCUUCGAGAUGCUGCCCAAGUACUUAUACAUGUUGAGACAAUCCAAUCCCGGUUCGAGGGUGGAGUGGGAAGUUGACGAUGAUGGCCGAUUCAAACACUUAUUUGUUGCUCUUGCAGCUUCGGCUACCCCUUUCAUGUUCAGCUUACGGCCAGUGAUUGUCGUCGAUGGCACACACUUGAAGGGCAAGAAUAGGGGUAUUUUGUUUGUUGCAGUGACGAAGGACGGCAACGAGAGUUUGUUCCCACUCGCGUAUGGUGUUGGCCCGAAAGAAAACGAUGAAUCGUGGAGUUAUUUCAUGUCACGCAUUCGACGUGUUUAUGGCCAAGCCGAUCCACUUUUGAUUGUCUCUGAUCAGCAUAUCUCCAUUGCCAAUGCUAUCAGGAAUGAGUUACCAAAUGCAACCCACGGCCUAUGCUACUACCAUUUGCAAAAUAACCUGAAGCAUUACGGUAAGGCAGUGGUCGAGGUGUAUCGACAAGCUGCAUUUGCGUACGAGAAGUCCGACUUCAAUAGGGCUAUGAACGCCCUGAAGGUUAUGAAGAGAGCCGCGUACGAUAAACUAAUGGGGAUUGGGCCGGAGAAGUGGGCUCGUUCGAUGUGUCCUAUGCCUGUGCGACGCUACAGUUUUAUGACAUCAAAUGCUGCUGAAGCUUUUAAUUCCAGAUUGUUGUGGGCAAGAAGACUUCCUAUAUGCUCGAUGUUAGAGGCAAUCAGAAUUGUUAUUGAGAAAUGGUUCAGCGAGCGACUAAGGGCUGCACAACAAAUCGAGCAAGGCUUGACUGUUGAGGCUGGUAAAAGGGUAGCUAUUGAAGUCCAAAAAAGUCGUCGAUACACUGCACAAAGGUUGAGUGGCAUGAAGUAUAAGGUGCAAACUGCUGACAGAAGCUUCAAGGUGGAUCUAGAGAAGAAAAAAUGCGAAUGUCGAGUAUUUCAGCUAGACCAACUGCCCUGUUCUCAUUCAAUCGCUGCAAUAAGUGAAGCCGGUGAUACGAUCGCGGAGUAUGUAGACUCGUACUACACGAAUGACUUUCUUAUCGAUACUUACUCUCGCGAAGUUAAUAAUCUCCCGCCGAGACGCCAGUGGUUGGUUCCCGAGCACAUCGCGGAGCAGGUUGUAUUACCUCUGAUUGUAAAAGGUCAAGCGGGGCGCCCAAAAGAAGGUAGACAUCGAGGCGGUGGUGAAGGCACCAGCACACAAGCCGAUGAGUCUUCUAGUAUCAGGCGUCGUAAACCAAAGAAGUGCAGCAUCUGCCAUGAAGAAGGACACAGCAAGAGAACGUGCGCUGGCAGGGCGACUGAGCCCAGGGAGUAG